CCUCCGUCGUGCGGUCGUGCCUCGCCUCUGCUUCCUCUACUGCUUCGUCCGUACCUUACCUGUAUGCAAUACAUCGCCUCCGCCUUUGUCUCUGAAACAACCGCAUCAUCACGGCGAUGUACAGUGAUUUAGCCAACUAACCUGUCGAUCAAGCGUCAGUCGUUCACUGAGUGCCAAACAAUAAACAACAACUACAUUUACCACUACUGCCACAGCCGUAGCUGUGGUUGUAAACAGUUCCUAAAAAUUCCGUAACACAGAUACGAAACACUCAAAUAGAACCCAACUGCAAAGUCAAAAUACCCAGCAACUGAAUCAAAGCGCGCAAGCAGUAGGCAGUAGGCAGCAAGCAAUCUAAACAGCAGAGAUAGAGGUAGCAAUCGAGUCUGGGCCGAACGACCAGUUGACGAGUCUUUUAAUCGCACUGCGGCUAGAACAUUGAAUUCAUUCGCUGAACGAGCGUCGAAGUGUGUAGAAUACUCGGUCGCAAACGAUUCUGUCUGGCAAAAGCAGAAAGAGAUUUACGUUAAGUGAACAGAAAAAAUUCAAACGGCAAUACGUGUUGAAUGAAAGUGAAUUGGACCGAAGACUAAUUGAAUAGCGACAAAGUGUUGAAAAAGACAAAGAGUAAUCAAGUUAAAAGCAAGAAUAUAAAAGUGAAUUUUGUAAAUAAUAAAUAAAAUUUUGAGGUGAUAAACUAUCUAAGAGUAUAAAAACUGAAAAAAUUAAAAAUAUCGUGAUACCUUCAUUGGAUUUGUGAUUUGUUUACUAAAAUGGUAACAGGAGUUGCUGGCGCAAAUAUGGCAGCCAACGUGAUUGGAGCACCGGUAACUAUGCUCAAAGAUGCGCCACCAGUCAAAAGUGAUCGUCGGUCGAACAAGCCAAUUAUGGAAAAACGCCGGCGCGCUCGCAUCAACAAUUGCUUAAAUGAGCUGAAAACGCUGAUUCUGGACGCCACAAAAAAAGACCCCGCGCGUCACUCUAAACUAGAAAAAGCUGACAUUUUGGAGAAAACCGUGAAGCAUUUGCAAGAACUGCAACGCCAGCAGGCUGCUAUGCAGCAAGCCGCCGACCCCAAGGUCAUCAACAAAUUCAAGGCCGGAUUUGCCGAUUGCGCCAAUGAGGUUAGUCGGUUCCCGGGCCUUGAUCCUGCUGUCAAACGGCGUCUCCUUCAACACCUCAGCAAUUGCAUAAAUGGCGUUAAGUCCGAAUUGCACCAGCAUCAACGCCAAUUGGCAGGCGCUCCAGCUCAAAUGCUUCCUUCACCACCAAGCUCGCCCGAACAGGAUCAGCAGCAUCUCCAACAGCAACAGCAUGUUGUUGCUGCUGCUGCCGCCGCCGCAGCUACUACCGGCCACCCUUUUCUUUUGGGUGCUCAAUUGCAACAUAAAAUGAAUGGAUAUUUCCUGCCUAAUGGACUCCAAGUGAUCCCCACCAAACUUCCCAAUGGUAGUAUAGCACUAGUAUUGCCACAUCAUCACCAACAGCAGGCGCAACAAAUGUCAACGCACUUGCAGCAACAACAGUUGAGCGCUGCUCAAGGCUCCGCGCUGAUGGUAAUGCCCACCCGCACCGCCUCUACCAGCUCUGCCUCCUCACACAGCUCAUCUGUCUAUGAACGCACCCUUUGUUCACCAACAAACAGUGUAACACACUACGCCCCUCCAAGCCCCGCUAACUCCUACGAAGCUAUGGACUGCAAACCCUCAGUCAUUCAACACGCUCCCACACUAUCCCAACAACAGCAGAACCAACAACCGCUCUCGCUGGUUAUCAAGAAGGACAUCAAAGUGGAGGAUGAACAGCCUUGGCGGCCAUGGUGAAAGGGCUGCCACCGUGCGUACCCCCAAAAAGAACUGGAAACGCCCCUUUUCAUAGAAACGAGGGCGGAUGUGAUGAAUACCAAAGCAUAAAAGCCGCUAAUGACUGGCUUGGCGCGGCACGGCAUUCGGCAGCAAAUUACGAUGGAAGCAGUUGAGCACAUUGGAAAGUCAAUUCCUGCUGUUUUUGCAAACGCUGACAUCGGUUUAAGGGUCUAGCGAAACGGCAGUCACGAUUUAGACUCGGGUCCACUUGCCUUUGUGUAAAUGGCGUUGAAGUUGAAAAGACGCCGUUGGCUAACCACACUCGCUGCGUCAGCCUCAGUCAUCUCAAUCGUCACAGCGACAGUUAUUGUGUGUGACGCAUAUACCCCGCCGACUGAGCACGCUGAUAUGCAUCCAGAAAUACCAGCAGCAACAUGAUAAAAGCACAAAACCAUUGAACAACGCACGUAAACAACUACUACCUCAGCAAUACAGGGGCGAAGCGCGGUUAGAUCCACCUCAGGGGUGCUUCAUUUCAAUAACUCAGCUAUCUCAUUGGAGUAUUACAAGUAGAGUAACUAAUAUUGGUGAAACGUCAAAGUUUUUAGUCAUUAAUUAUUUAUAAUUUCAAAUGCAGAAUGCACAUAGUUUACGGUUUGCAAUUAACAUUUCUUAUUAUUAUAAGUUUCAAUUUGAUCACUUUUACAAAUUUAAUUUUGCACGUGUACAAAUGCACAAGUGUACAUACAUAGGUAUAAAACAAUAAAAUCUUAGAGGUCUUCCCAACUGGUAGAGUAAUUUGUACUUGGCGAAGUGCGUUAGUGCAUAAAAACAUAUACAUGCACAUAUAUAUACUUUUACAAAAUAUUCUACUUUUAUUUUAAAUAUAAAAUUAGAUGUACUUAUUUAUCUAGUUUUGUAAGGAUUGUAAAAUUUUAGAAAAAAUAAACAAAAGAUAAAAAUAUUACCUGAAAAAGAAUAAGAAGGAAAAAAUCAUAAUAAAACCAAAUUUUAUUAACUGAAACUCAA